AUGAGUAGUAUUGUUAAAAAAUCGUCCCAGUUCACGCCGAAGCUUCGAAAAAGGUCCGAAAGAGCAAAAAAGCUUUCGCUGCUUACUCCACCAACAACACAGGAGGCUCAGGCGGGAUCCGAGCCAUCGCAAUUAACCCAGCCAGAGGAAGCUGGCAUCUCCACCCCUCCAACAACGCAGAAAUCUCAGGAUGGUCACUCAGAUUUGUCUAAAUUUACUAUGGGGACCGGAAAGAGCCCGAGCGUCGAAAGACCUGGCGAAGCUGAUGCGGAAGUGGUGGAUCCGAAAGACGCAACGAAGAAGACGCACGAGGAAGCAGUUGAGGACGAAAGUGACGAGCACGAGUACGGCGAUAACGACUACUUCAAGAAUACGCUCACGGAGGCUGAUGGCAAGGCGCUGCGCAGAAGGUCCUCUGUUGCCUCAAGACGUUUAUCUGGUAUCUUUACCAGGUCUGGAUCUGUUUCUACUCCUGGCCCCAUAGGGAUUGAUAAAGACGAUUCUCGAGUAGCUCCUACAAUGAUUGGCAUUCCUACUGUAAGGCCCUCGAAAAAGAGCAAAGUUUCCAUUCUGAAGUCGUCAAAGAAGCAGCAACUUGAAACUGUCGUUGCAGUUCCAACGAAUCAGCCUUUGUUGGAGGAGGAGGAAACCGAGCCUAUAUCGAAAGAGGAUCAAAAGAAGGAUACUGUGUCUUCGGCUACGGCUCUUGGUCAAGAUUUUGUUGUGGGUAUCGAUCCGGUGACAAAUCGUUUCAUGAAGUUCCGUACUCAUGAGGGGGUACUGAGCGAGCUUCCAGUGGCACCCAAAAAUUUGAUUACCACAGUGACAGACAUCAGACAGCUCCCGCGAAAGGUUGCUGCCGAGGAUGAAAAGUACUAUGCUAACCUUCGUGUUCUGGCUGAUAAAUUGACCAUCGCAGACCUUUGCAAGCCGUUGAUCCAGAUUGGUACAACAAGUGAAAAAUUCCACAUAGCUGAGCAGGCGAAAAAGAAAAUAAUGGAGGCUAGAGAUUUGCGCCGAAAUGCACGUAAUCGUGCACGUAACGAACGUAUAAGCUAUGAAAAGGCGUUGCAAAUAGAGCAGACUAAAGCAUCAAACACUGGACAGACGCAGAAUGGGACCGGUCCAACUGAAAUUACAAGUGAAGUCACUCAACAAGAUCCGAACACCGCAGCAUCGACCAAUAAUAUUGUUGUGGAGAUGACUGACGGCAAGCUUCAGGUUUCUGACGAAUCCAUGAUAAGAAAAAAUAAUCCCGUGCCGUCUGCUGGGAGCAGAAAAGUUGAGGUCGAGAAUCCUUUUGAUAAUCCCAUCACCUCCAACUCAUACACUAAGCUGGCUUACACCGAUGCGUGGACCAAGGAAGAGCUUGUCCAGCUCUACAAUGCAUUGAGUACGUGGGGUACUGACUUUACUUUCAUUGCACAGCUAUUUCCUCACAGAAACAGACGUCAAAUCAAGCGUAAGUUUACAUUGGAAGAGAAGAAAAGGCCCGAGCUAGUUGAGUUGGCCUUGCGUAGAAAGCUUCCACCUGAUCUUGAGAGUUAUUGUCGUCUUGCCACGGAUGGUAAGGAAUUCAAGACCUUGGAUGAUCUUGAGAAGGAGAUCAAACAGCUUAGAGAAGAACACGAGAAACACAUGAAUGAGAUUCAAAGCGAGCGCGAGAAGGCCAUCAAAGAAGAUUUGGAGGCUAGCAGAAAGAGAGAGAUGGAGAUUAGAACCGGAUCUAGGAUGAUGACCAGGGCAGAAAGAGAAAGAGAAUUAAGAAAGAAUGAAAUUGUUGUGGGGACUGUGGACAGCGCCCGAACCCCACACUUAAAAGGGUUGAAAGGUGAAACCUGA